AUGAAAUGUACAACGUUUCUUCCAUCUUCUUCUUCUGGUUAUUGCCACAAAGCAUUUUCAACUCUGCCAUCUACUCAAGAAGAUGAAGGAAGAGGAAAACUCAAGCCAUCCAUAGAGUUUUUAUCGUCAUUAGACGCAAACUCCCGUAAACUUGCUAAUAAAAUAGUAGCAGAAGUUGAGAUAAUGGAAUGGAUGAUGCCACAUCCUCCAUCUGUGCUCGAAGAUAAACAUUGGGAUAAAUUAAUGAAGAUUGAAAAGACAGAAGAUCGAGUAGCAUAUUUGCAAGCAUAUGCAAGACAUGUUUUUCGGGACCAAAUGCGUCAGUCUAAACGAAAAUCCAUAUCUGAUCUACGAGAUGCAUUUCUUGAUUUCCAGCAAUCUGGUUUCUCUCAUAAUGGCUGUGUACUCUAUUUUCAGCGUUGGAAAUUUGAUACUGGAGGCAUUGGUUAUGGGCCAUCUAUGUAUGAGAUGGUAUCUUUGAAACCAAGUCGUAAUGCAAAACGAAUGAAACAUCUCGAAGGCGCAGCAGCUUGGAGAACUUUAAGAUUGAAAGAGAAGCCACGGAUUGCACUGGACUGUCAGUUUAUUGCUAAGGAAUUCAAUGACUUUUCAUCUCGUCUUGCAACACAACUGGAAUAUAUCAUUGAAGAAAAUGUUCGACGUAGAGAACCAUUUGAGCUGUCGAUCGUCAACUACGAUGAAAGCAAUCCAAAUUGUAAAGCUGUUACGAAGAUGCUAAAAACAAAAUAUGCAUACCAAACAAUUAUGCCAUUGUACACUGAUAAAGAUGCAGUUGAUCUCUUCAAUAAGAAUGAAAUAAUUUAUUAUGCGAAGUGGUCUCAACAAAUAAUAAAAACUCCAUUAGAGGAUAAAGUGUACGUAAUAUGUUUGGGACGUGACAAUCGACUUCCUCUUGGUGCUGCUCGGAAACGUGGAUGCAGUACAGCUCGCAUACCGUUUAACGAACAUUAUAAACUUCACAAUUUUAACUUCCUGCCAUUCACAAGUGUAGUACGAGUCCUUCAUGAGGUUUAUCAAACUGGAGGAGAUUGGCAUGCAGCUAUUUUGAAUGGAAUCGCUAGACGGUAUUUCAUUCCGCAAGAGGAAAAUAUAUCAAGAACAAUGAAUACGCAAGCGAGACUUAGGAAUGAUGAAAUGACACAACAAAUAUCGCAAAUGGUUAUAGAUGCGUUGAAAGCAGAUGAUAGAAACAGUUAA